GUCUUUCCAAGCCCAUAGUGGCAAUGCCAUUGCUCACCAUGGCUGAAUCAGCGACGAACGGGCAGAGCAACGACGGAGCACAGGGAAACGAAGAACAAGAUGAUGACUACAUGGCUGAUCUCUCUCUCUUUCUUCCUUCCGAAGCUCUUCACCCUCCGAAAUCUUCAUCCCAAAUGGUUCCUAACAAGAAUGAUCCUUUAGUCAACUCUUCAAAGAGCAAGUUGAAAACUCUUAAUUGGCAAGAACGUAGAAAGCUUGAAAGAGAACGAAAGCAACAAGUGGAGGAUGAACAAACAAUAGCGAAAGUGGAAGCUCCAAUACCACAAUCAAACAUUGGGUUUAAAAUGCUCAAACAGAUGGGUUAUACUCCAGGUUCUGCCCUCGGCAAGCAAGGCUCGGGCAGGGCUGAACCAGUGGGGAUUGAAAUUCGACGGUCACGAGCAGGUAUAGGGUUAGAAGAUCCCCACAAGGAGAAGAGAAAAAAGGAAGAAAUCAUGUAUGAAAAAAAAAGGAGGAACGAGCAGGACUUAAUGGAAGAAUUUGGGACAAGGCUGAAGUCAAGAUGGCAGAGUAGGAGAAUUAUAGUUAAUUUCAACAAGGCAAAGGCUGCCCUUGACCAAUUGGAGAAUAGGGAAGUUGAGGAGCCACCAAAGAAUGAGGAUGAUGCAGAGGGUGAAGAAGAAGAAGAGGAAGAAAUAACAGAAGAGGGCUUGCACGAUGUUUUGAUGAAACUGAGGGAUGAGUUUGACUAUUGCCUCUUUUGUGGAUGCAAAUAUGAAUCAAGGGAUGCCCUUUUGUCCAACUGCCCCGGAACUGAUGAAGAUGACCACUAAAUUGAAAGACUCUGAUGUGGAUUACAGUGGAUAUCUUCUUUUUCUCAAGCACGUCCGGUUAGCUGAAAAUGCAUAUUGCAAUGGAGUAAUAUAGAACUCGUUUAAAUGCAAAACAUAGAGCUCUUAUUGGAGCUUAUCUAGUGUAUUUUUUUUCUCGUAGAUAAGCUCCAAUAAUCCAGACGGGCUCAUAAUCUCACAUCAGGUGGGUGAUUGUGCCUCAAGUCAUUCUCGUAGUUUUUCUCUGUCUUGACUGAACUAUCCUUACAAUUCUACUUGGCUGUUGCUUGAUCUUCAAGCUGAGGGACAUAGUGCCUUACCUAUUGCAAGGUAAAAAAUUGUAGCAAGGCAUUCUACCACUCAUUUCAACCCCAUUUUUUCGUUAUUGAAAUUCACGUGAGAUUCAAUAGAUUACAUGGGGUCUGACUUUCAAUUAUGUUUUGUAAAAAGUGUAAGAUAUUGUUUUACUAUCAUCCUCUUGAAGGAUCUGUGUGGGUAGAUGAUGGUGUUUGGAAAGUUUUCAGUUCAUAUUAGAAAUUUUCGUAGUAAUUUCUCGUCAUUUUUCAAGUUUUA